CGCAGCCCUUCCGCGUUCUGUGGCAGCCGGGCCGCAGCCCCCCGGUGCCGUCGAGCUGGAAGUGGAGGGGCAGUUGUACGAGCGGAGCCCGAAGCAGCAACAGCAGCAGGAGCGGCGGCCUCCCGACCCCUCGCCGCCGCCGAUGGAGGCGAGCCUGACGUGCGCCGUGUGCCUGUCGCUGUUGGAGGAGCCGGUGACGCUGCCGCUGUGCUCGCACAACUUCUGCCGGGGCUGCGUGCUGGAGUGCCUGGCCUCGGCCGAGGCCGCCCGCCUGCAGCAGCUGCAGCGGAACCCGGGCCGGGCCCGUCUCGGCCGCGGGGCGCCGGGGCCGGGGCCGGGCCCGAGCCCGUCCUGCGCCCGGGUGCCUUGUCCUCUGUGCAGGAAGCUGUGCCUGCUGCCCCGCGGCGGCGUGGCCGCCCUGCCCGUCAACACCACCCUGGCCGAGGUGGUCAAGCUCUACCGGUCCGGCGCCGCGGGCGCCGCCACGGCCGGGGAGGCGGCGCUGGGGCCGAAGCCGGGAUCCGACCCGCUCUCCCUGCCGGCGUUCGGGGGAAGCUGCCAGAAACAUCCGAGCCGGCCGGUGCAGCUCUACUGCCGCAUGUGCCGGCAGGCGGGGUGCGGGCAGUGCGUCUCCGAGGAGCACCAGGGCAUCUUCCACUCUGUCAACCUCAUAGACACGGUGUACCAGGAAGAAAAAUUAACCUUCUUUAGCACUCUGAAACAAAUGAGGAUAAUGAAUGAGAAGCUGGUGAAUGAGAUCUCAAAACGACCGAACGAUGCAGAUAUGACAUUGAAAAAUGAUGUGGAGGUAAUUGAGCUGAAAUUUGGAGAAAUUUUCAAAACUCUAGAAGUGAAAAAACAGCAAUUACUAGAAGAUGCUGGAAAUCAAAGAAGUAAAAAAGAGAAGGAAUUUCAGAUUUGGAAGAAAAUGAAAGAAACUCACAAGAAGACCAUUGAUAAUUUUUUGAAGGAUUGUGAAAAGCUUGUCCAUGAGUGUGAUCCUCAGUGUUUCCUGGAGGUUGCCUGUGGCUUGAAUUCAAGAAUGAAAACUCAGCUUGAUGUGAUGAAUAUAGCAUCCAACUGGGAGAAACCACCAGUGUAUACACCAAAGAAGAUAGAUAUCAAGUCUGUGGUUAAUGAAAUCUUAGCAUUGGAGUUAACACCUGUUGAUGCAGGCAUUGUUCAAGAGCUGCCUUAUGAAGGAAAUGAGAGCUCAACUCUAUUUAAAGAUACCUUAAAGCAAUGGCAGGACCAGAAGAAUAUACCCAACACAUUUCUUCCUGUAACAGGACAGGAUGAAGCAGACGGUAGCAGGAUCCCUACUCGCUUUAUGUCAAUAUCAGAAAUGUCAGCAUUUCAAAAUAUGAGCCAUGAGGAGCUACGUUACAAAUACUAUAUGGAACUUCAGAAGCUCACCAAUGUGUUUAAGACUCAAAGUUUCCCUGCAAACAAAAAGUAUAAAUUUGUAACUGCUGAGGCCUUCAAGGAUAAGUCCUCAGGAACUUCUUUUGUAUCUUCACCUACCAAAGCAAAUAAGACAGAUAAAAUAAAAAUGGGAGCCCUGCAAAGAGGAGGUGGCUUUGACAAAGGAAACUCUCCUGGAAGCAGUGCUCACAGCAUCCCAUCCACAAGUAAUGGUGGCUUAAAAUUAUUUCAUGAGGGAAGUGGCCAGGAAGUAUCUGCUGUAGCUUUGUCAGAAGCCUCUCCAGACUUGUUAAUUAAAGAAAAAUGGCCAAGACAGGCAUCAGCAGGUACUGUUUCCAAGGAAAUGAAUGCAAAUUCUGGCACUUUAUUGGACUUACAACCAGCAGCAACAGUGGCUGUUACUGUUUCAGCUUCAGAAUCUGUAGAUGUUUCAGCAGAGAGACCUUCAGGUGUACCUUUUACUUUCAGUGCAUCUAACAACUCAUUACCAAGAUUUAGUAAAGACAGAGGUACAUUUUCCUUUAAAAAGCAAGACAAGAGGUGUACUUUCCCUCAGUUUUAUUUAGGGAAAUGUGAUAAGCUGGAUAAAACCAAUAACCAGGAUAAAUAUGGUCCUGAAGCCAAGAACAUAGUUUGUGAUGCUCCAACAAGUCCUAAUUUAGUCUCACCUGAAAGUGAGAAACCACACAUUUUGUUUCCCUUUGGCAAUUCAGAAAGAGAUUGGUUUGCGGGAUCGGAAGCUAGCAAUUCAUGUAAGGUGUUACCAUCAUCCUCAUUUUUCACCCAAUCUGAGAAGCCAUCUGACAAAACAUUAUCUCACAUGAAGGAAAAAACACCUUGUGCAAAGGAACCUGGAGGAUGUGGUACACAGAAACCAUCUGUCUUAAGGGAGCAAAAACCUCACACCUCAGAAUCCAGCACAACUGUAGCCUGUGGUACUUCAGACACCAACACUGGAGCUGGGGUGAAUGACAUCUCCAAGACCCCUCUUCUCACCAAUAAUUGUGUGUUUCCUUUCAAAAGUAACUUUCCAUUGCCUUCACCAGUAUUUUCAUUUGGAGGCAUUCUCAGAAAUACCUCUGAUUUGCUGACUUCUUCUGUGUUUUUUUCUGGAAACAGAACAGAAAAAAUUGAUAAGGAGAAGAUGAAAUCUGACAAAACACUUCUAAAUCUAGGAAAACCUGUAACUUCAGAGUGUGCAGAGCCACCUUCUCUUCAGAGUCGUCCAAAAUGUGAAGGCUCAUGUUUGCCAGUGAACUCAUCUGAAAACACUGAAAGUGCAGAAAGGCUUGGUGAUGGUAACACUCCUUGUCAGCCUUUAUGUUCAGGAGUCCUUCCUGUUGAAUAUGAGAAUGCCGCCUCCACUCAACUCCCUGAAGCAACACAACAACAAAAAAUGGUAAAAGAUGAAGAAGCUGUUUCUGAAAACAACUGUUUGUGUCCUAGAAGGGAGGAUGAACCUGAGUCUGUACAGUGUCAGAGUACAGCUUGUUCUGUUCCUGGCACGUGCAACGAUCCAUCUUUAGGAGGUUCUGUGCUUGCAGUAAAUGAGACAGGAGAAAUGCUAAGAGACAGCACUUCUGACACUUAAGAGCUAAGUCAAACGUCUGUCUCUACUGAUACCAGCCAUGCAUCAGAAUAUUUUUCUGUUGCUGAAGACAAAAUGUCAGGUAGAACAAAAUCAGAUGUGAAGAGAGACUGAAAAGGAAAAUUAACUGGAAUGAAAUAAAUGCUACUUAACACAUUAAAAGGUGGGCAUAGUUGUGAUUUUACAGCUGUUCUACCCACUUCUCACCAAUCAAGGUAUAUCUCUGUCAGAAACAUAACUGCUUAUGAGCAGUACAAUGCAAUGAAGUGACUUUUAUAGUAUAGUCAUUAUCUCGAGAAACAACCAAAAAUGUCAUGUCCUGCUCAAGACCAAAGCAUAGCCAUAGAUGCUGCAUCUUCAAGAAUGCAAACCUUCUGGGGUAUGUUUGGGGGAUGGGGAGCUGAGGUGUCCCAGAGAGCGAGCUGGGUGAAGCCUCAGUGGCAGGAGGCAGUUAAUUGCUGUCUGUGUGCAGCAGCACUUGCAAUUAAAUGGGUAAGAGAACAGCCAGAGAGCAUUCACCUCACAGGCAGGGAGGGAGGAGAGCCACAAAAAUAAAGGAUAUUGAAGGUGUUACUAAAAAUUGUGUUACUUAUCUCCCCUUGGCUGUUCCUUUUUCUGUGAUGUGUUUAAUGUAUGUUGAAGGUGUAAGUUCAAGUGUAAUUUCAAUAAUUUCUCUUGUGCUUUUGAAAUGGAAGCAUCAUAUCAGUGUUCUUGUUACACACUGCAGAAGGGUGUCAGCUACACUUGUGAAGUGCUGCUUUCAGGAAAAAGAAACAUCACAAUUGAAUUUCAGCUCUUUUUGGCAACUGUUUGGGGAUACUUGGACAGAUUAACUUGCUGUUUUAUUGAAAGCUUUUGGAGACCCUAGCUUUUAAACCACAAAAACUUUAUUUUGAUGUCUGUGUGUAAUAAUAAGAAAAAAGGAAAACAGCACUUCUUACUAUAUAUUAAUGAUUUGGAAUUCAUGGAGUUUUUAGUCUGAAAAUCAGUACACAGUAAGGAUAGAAAGACCAUCUUUUCUACUUUGCUGGCUAUCUUGCUGGAUCCAAGAGAUAACUGCUUUAGUUAUUGGAAUACACAGACAGAAGCACUGUUUCAGAAUAAAGGUCUAUUGUGUUUACUGUUUAUGCUUCAGCAAAAGCUGAUGCUAGGCUUUAAAGAAAUUAAUUGUGUAUUAGAUAGAUAUGGCAACUGGCAGUAUUAAAUCAGAAUGCAGAAUGUUUAAUAUUUCUUCAGAAGUUUUCACUGGCAACUAGAAAAAUCAACCUGCAAAUUACCUCUGUAACUCUGUAAGAAAAAUAUUACUUAAAUUCAAAUCUCUGCAGUAUUUACUAAUAUACUUACUGUGACAUAAAGCUUAGAGAAACCAUUCUUCUUUCAGGAAAUUUUGACCUAAUUUCAUUUGUGUUCAGUUCUUGGCCUCAGUUUUUCUGUGGCAGUGCAUUCCUUUAUUAAAUGUGCUGAAAAUUAUUAAAUGUUUCUGCUAUUUAUCGCAAUAAUGCAACUUUUCUGUCUGCAUUACAAUAAGGAAGGUGGUAAAAAUUCUCUUUAUGGUUAGUCUUUUAGUUUUUGAUGUUCAUCACUUAAAUCUUACUGUAUUUCAAUAUUUCUCCUAAGAUUUUUUUUCUGCUGUUAUCUCUAGACAUUCAUGUCAUGUUCUGCAUGUGUAAGAGAGAAAUGUUAACUCAAAUCACUGGAAGACAAAGGCUGAGCAAGAUGAUAAUGGCAGUGUCACAGGUGGCAGUUGGUCUCACUCUAACAAAAGCAAGAGAAAUUGAACAAUUUUAGAGUCAGAUGAGGCACCUGUAAAAUUCAGCACCAGAAAGUUGCAGAAAAUGUUUGUUUUCUUUUACACUGACAAAAAAAAUCCUAAUGAGCUAGGGUUAAUCAGAAACUAUAAAAAGUUUCUGAAGCUUAACAUAUUUUCAACCUGUCUUCUGUUAAUUUCUGUUAUUUCAUGAGAGUUUGAUAAAGUCUAUCUUCCAUGCAGAAACUUUUUCUCUUAGUGAAAAGACACUCAUAAAGCAAAUACUACUAUAUACUACUUUGAAAGUAAAAGUUGUGGGUGUGGGGGUUUGCUCUAGUCCUGGGGCUGCUUUCAGGCUUUGCUGUCCAAGUGCCUUACAGUGCAGCAUUCAGGUUUUGCAGGGCAGAUCUGGUUCACAUAAAACAAACAAGAGGAUCCUCGCCCACUCCCUGGGCCAUACUAUGCUGACCCAGAAGGGAGCCCUUCCCCUGUUCCCUGAAAAUGCUGUGAGGUACAGAAUAACCUCUGGAUCUUGGGCUUGCCUCCUCCUGACUACUGUAAAAAUUAACCCUGUCCUGGAUGAAAGCAGGACAAUCAGUGAUUUUGGGUGAACCAGAGCUAAUUCAAAGAAAUGGGGUUCAGAGUUGUCCCUAAUGCAUAUUUGGCUUUUUAUUCAUAGAGAAUAACUUACACCACUGUCUUUGUCAUCAUCAUAAAAUUCUGUGUAGCAGUGAGGACUGAUGUCAAAGCCUCACUUUCCUAGGUUAUCUAAACUUAGGUGUGUGUGCGUAUAUUUUUUUUCAGAUAUAGGUAAACAAAAAGGCAGUGUUAAAGUGAAGCAUUUGUCUGAAAAUACUACUGAGAAAUUUGCCCUUGCUGGGAAAAAAAAACCAAAAACAGACAA